GAUCGUCAUCCUGAAGUAGUGGCACUGUUGUAGCCACACCUCAGCACCUGCAAACUCUGCGAGAAUCCAUUCCACCACCACCUCAUUCACUCCCUCGCUCCUGCUGCAGCAGCUGCAGCUAUAUAAAGCGAAGCAGAGCAACGCGCCACUCAAGCAAACAACUUUGCCCUCCUCUCUCUCUCUCUCUCCUCUCUCCUACCGCACAUGAUCGUUGGGCCGCGUCGCCACUAGCUAGCUGCCCGCCGACACCCGCAAUGGCCGCCGUCCCCGCGCAUUCGCCGCGGCUGCUUCCCCUGCUCGUCGUCGCAGCGCUGCUGUGCCUCUCGGCGGCGCCGCGAUGCGCCGGGGCCAGGAGCAAGAAGUCGUACAAAGCCAUCUUCAGCUUCGGCGACUCGCUGUCCGACGCGGGGAACCUCAUCGUCGACGGCACGCCCAAGGCGCUCACCACCGCGCGCCCGCCAUACGGGAUGACCUUCUUUGGCAAGCCCACCGGACGCUGCUCCAACGGCCGCCUCGUCGUCGACUUCCUCGCUGAGCAUUUCGGGCUGCCGCUGCCGCCGCCAUCGCAGGCGCACGGCAAGGACUUCAAGAAGGGUGCCAACUUCGCCAUCACCGGCGCGACGGCGCUGGAGUACUCCUUCUUCAAGGCGCAUGGCAUCGACCAGCGCAUCUGGAAUACUGGCUCCAUCAACACCCAGGUCGGCUGGCUCCAGAAGAUGAAGCCAUCCCUCUGCAAAUCGGAGCAAGAGUGCAAGGACUACUUCGGCAAGUCCCUUUUCGUGGUGGGGGAGUUUGGGGGCAAUGACUACAAUGCGCCGCUGUUCUCCGGUGUUGCAUUUUCUGAAGUGAAGACUUAUGUGCCUCUUGUUGCGAAGGCCAUCGCUAAUGGCGUCGAGAAAUUGAUCGAACUUGGGGCAAAAGACCUGUUGGUGCCCGGAGUUCUCCCGAUCGGGUGCUUCCCGCUGUACCUGACACUAUACAACACCAGCAACAAAGCGGACUACAAUGCCCGCACCGGGUGCCUCCGGAGGUACAACCGUCUCGCCUUCCACCACAACAGGGAGCUCAAGCAGCAGCUUGAUGAGCUGCAGAAGAAGUACCCGCAGACGAAAAUCAUGUAUGGCAAUUACUUCAAGGCUGCAAUGCAGUUUGUCGUCAGCCCUGGAAAAUUUGGUUUUAGCACAGCUUUGCAAGCUUGCUGCGGCGCUGGAGGGGAGGGCAACUACAACUUCAACCUGAAGAAGAAGUGCGGUGAGCAGGGUGCAAGCGUGUGCUCAAACCCGUCGGCGUAUGUGAGCUGGGACGGCAUCCACAUGACCGAAGCUGCAUACAGAAUGGUCGCCACUGGCUGGUUGAAUGGCCCUUACGCUGAACCCCCAAUUCUGAAGUCAUAAUUGAGAUGGUUAACAGUAUGUAACACUGCUGCUACGGCUAGAGUUAUAUAUGAGAAGUGCUUCAGGCACUGAAGAAGAGAUUAAGUUAUGAGUAAAGCUGCUUAGUUUUCUCAUUGGAAGAUUGUAUAAACUGUGCUGGUAUAGAUAUGUUCUAAACUGAAAAUGAAGCUGUAGUACAGAUGCACCGUGUAUGAUAUGUUUUCUGAUUCUUUUCAUUCGUCGAUCCUCGGGUAAUAAUCCGGAAUAAUAAGAAGAAAAUCAAAUUUAUUCAA